AUGGUUCCCGGACAAACAGUGACAAGCGAUUCUUUCAAGUGGAGAGUGAUAAAGCUCUUGGGUUCAGGAGGGUUCGGUGAUGUCUAUAAAGUUGUGAAGGAAAAUGACGGCGAUAAAAAGGAAUAUGCGAUGAAGACCGAAAUGGUUGAAGGCGACAAACUCAAACUUCGCUUGAAAAUAGAAGUUCUUGUGUUAGCGCAAUGUCAUGAAGUAUCUGAUCCAGAGAAAAAGGGCCAUUUUGUUGAGUUCGUUGAUCGCGGAAAAACUGAUAAAUUCAAGUUCAUGGUCAUGGGGUUAGUGGGCAGUUCACUUGAAGAUAUUCGCCAUAAGAUCCUAUUUCGCGAUUACUCAAAGCCCACUGCCAUGAAUUCGUCGUUGCAAACAUUACAAGCAAUAUGGGACUUGCACGAAACGGGAUACUUGCAUAGGGAUAUUAAGCCACAAAACUUCGCUGUAGGACUUGGAGAGUACGAGAAAGUCAUCUACAUGCUCGAUUUCGGUAUAGCUAGAAAAUAUCGGAUCGGCGACACGAAGCAAGUGAAGGUAGCACGUGUUGCAGUGAAGUUCCUCGGCACUAUACGUUUUGCUUCACGGGCAUGUCAUCUAGGGAUAGAACAGGGCAGAAAGGAUGAUCUCGAGACUUGGCUCUAUAUGGUAAGGAGUUUGCAUUCCUGGACGAUUUGUGUUUUUGUUUAUAAUUUACAGUGGAGCUAA